AUGGGAUCACCAGAAGAUACGACAAGCGCUUCAGAGUCGGAGAAGAACCGACUCUCGGUUGAGAUCGCCGACCCAGAAAAACAACCCGCGCCAGUAGAGGAAACGGUUCCCCCAAAAUACUCCGUCUUCACGUUAUGGCAGAAACGAAUACUGGUUCUUGGGUCCGCCAUGACGGCCUUCUUCUCUCCCAUAUCAGCUCAGAUCUACUUGCCAGCAUUGACACAGCUCUCGGAUGAGCUUCAUGUUUCAAGCGCCCAGAUCAACCUCACCAUUACGACUUACAUGAUCUUUCAGGGCAUCACCCCCAUGUUUCUCAGCUCUCUGGCGGACAGUGGUGGGAGGCGACCGGCAUACAUCGUCUGCUUUGUGAUAUACAUUGGCGCCAACAUUGGUCUUGCUCUAGCCCCCAGCUAUGGUGCUAUUCUCGGUCUCAGGUGUCUCCAGUCGGCAGGUUCAAGCACUACUGUAGCGCUGUGUAUGGGCGUUGUGGCCGAUGUUAUUACAUCUGCUGAGCGAGGCCAAUAUGUCGGCUUCACUGCUGUGCCUUCAGUCCUCGCCCCAACCCUUGGUCCCAUCAUCGGAGGCGCCUUGUCUCAGACGCUUGGCUGGAGGUCUAUAUUUUGGUUCCUGGCCAUAAUGGCUGGAGUGGCCGUGAUCCUCAUUGCCAUGUUUUUGCCAGAGACAUGCCGCCAUAUUGUCGGCGACGGCUCAAUCUACCCACCGCCUCUGUACAGAUCAGGAUGGCAGGUCCUAACAUCACAUCGAAACAAGGGUCGUAAAGCUCCCCCUGCAGAAAACUCGUUCAAAUUCAAGCCGCCCAACGUUUUGGGUUCUCUACUUAUGCUGCUAGAGAAGGAGACCGGAUUGCUCCUUGCUACCAGCAGUCUCAUCUUUGCCGGGUUUUACUGUAUUGCCUCCGCAAUGCCCACUCUUUUCAAGAACUCGUAUGGAUAUGACGAGAUCACAGUGGGACUCAUGUACUUGCCGUUGGCCUUGGGAUCGAUUCUCGCCGCUUCGAUAGUCGGUCCUGGAAUCAACUGGAACUAUAAGAGACACUGCGAUAAGCUCGGCAUCCCUCUCGACCGCAGCCGCCAGCAGGAUCUCUCCAACUUUCCCAUUGAGCGUGUGCGUCUAGAGAUUGGACUCCCGUUGCUUGGUGUUAGUGGUCUCGCCCUGAUUGGUUGGGGGUGGGCUAUGGAGUAUGUCGUUCAUGUUUCUGUCCCUUGCAUCGUCAGCUGCCUGAUAGGCAUCGGCAUGAUUGGCUUCAACAACACGGCCAACACCUUGCUUGUCGACAUUCACCCCGGAAAGGCCGGCACGGCGACCGCUGCAAACAACUUUACCCGGUGCCUGGUUGGAGCUGGAGCCAGUGCGGCCAUCAUUCCCCUGAUAAACGCCAUUGGCGUAGGCUGGAGCUUUACUAUGCUCGGUUUCAUUUACCUUGCUUGCGCCUUGCCAAUGUUGCUCAUCAUGGCAAAGGGCAUUGCUUGGAGGGCUGAGAAGAAGGCAAAGGAAGAACGUAAACAGAAGAAAAAGGAAGAAGCUUCUCAGUGA